UGUUGUCAAUGUAGAUUUUUUUUUCUUUUGAUCGAUAUACCCAUACCAACAUACAACACACACACACACACACACGCACUCAUCCAUUGUGUUACGUUUGCACCGUUUUUUUUUUUAAAUGCGUUUUGAUGAAAAUUUAAAUCUCAUAUAUACAAAGCGGAAAAGAAAAAUAUUCUUUUGGAUUUAUGUCCUAUGAUACAUUUGUUCAUCUGAUCGCCGGAGGACUUGGCGGUACAUUUGGUGCCAUUGCAACCUGUCCAUUAGAGGUGGUUAAAACUCGUCUACAAUCAUCUGUUGCUAAUUUUGAUAAUGAACCUAAUCUUGUUAAAAAUACAUCAUCAACGACAUCGACAUCCACAUCAUCAUCAUCAUCAUCAUCAUUUGCAAUUGGAAAGAAUCGUAUGACCAUAUGGAAUUGUAUCAAACAUAUAAUCAAUACUGAAGGUCCAAGUGCCAUAUUCAAAGGUCUUGGACCAAAUAUUGUUGGUGUAGCACCUUCUAGAGCAAUUUAUUUUUGUACUUAUUCACAAGUAAAAUCCUGGUGUAAUCAUCGAAUAACACCGGAUACGCCUUAUGUUCAUAUGAUAUCGGCUGCCAGUGGUGGAUUUGUAUCCUGUACAUUGACUAAUCCAAUUUGGUUCAUUAAAACACGAAUGCAAUUAGAUAAAAGUCUUCAAGGAAUGACUGCAUGGAGUUGCAUUAAAAAUGUUUACAAUCACAAUGGUAUAGCUGGUUUUUAUAAAGGAAUAACUGCCAGUUAUUUUGGAAUUAGUGAAACUAUUAUACAUUUUGUGAUUUAUGAAUUUAUUAAAUCAAAAUGGUUUCAUGUAAAUCAGAAUUCAUCAACAAUUAUGACCUCAUCAUCGCCAUCAUCAUCAAUGAAUUUUUCCAAAAAUGAUUUAACAUUAACUAAUAAUAAUAAUAAUAAUAAUAAUAAUAAUGCCGCUGUUUAUCAAUCAUCGAACGAACAAAUAAAUGGAUCACAAUUGGCAACUUUUUUUCGUUGUAUGGCUGCAGCAGCCAUUUCAAAAUCAUUUGCAUCAAUUAUUGCCUAUCCACAUGAAGUGGCAAGAACUCGUCUACGGGAAGAAGGUGAUCGAUAUAAAAAAUUUUUCCAAACAAUCAUUUUGGUAUAUAGAGAAGAAGGAAUUCGUAAAGGAAUUUAUCGUGGCCUUGCAACACAAUUGCUUCGACAAAUACCAAAUACGGCUGUAAUGAUGGGUACAUAUGAAUUGGCCGUAUAUUUUAUGAAAAAUCCACCAUUAUCAUUACGGAAUGAUUCAUCUAGUCUAGUAUAAAUUGAUUAUCGAUCGAUUGAUCACUAUACAUAAUAAAAUACAAAUCAAUAGAAAAA